UCAAUCUGCGAAUUUAUCUAAAAACCCUAAACCCUCUCCGGUAGGUUUUGUUCCGGCGACGAACAAUGACUAUUCACGCUGCAGUAAUCCAGAAGCUUCUGAACACCGGAUCACAUCUCGGCCGUCGCGCCGCCGAGCAUCAUUUCAAGCAAUACGCUUACGGGACGCGUAACGGGAUGACCAUUAUCGACUCAGACAAGACCCUGAUUUGCCUCCGUAGCGCCGCUCAUUUCGUCGCUAAUCUCGCUCACAUGAGAGGUAACAUCUUCUUCGUCAACACCAAUCCUCUCUUCGACGAGAUUAUCGAGCUCACUUCUCGUCGGAUCCAAGGCGAUUCGUAUAAUCACAACCGUGCUAUGAAUCUGUGGAAGAUGGGUGGCUUUCUGACUAACAGUUACAGUCCUAAGAAGUUUCGAUCUAGGCACAAAAAGCUUUGCUUUGGUCCGACUACUAUGCCUGAUUGCGUCGUUGUGUUUGAUACUGAGAGGAAGAGCUCGGUGAUACUUGAAGCAUCGAAGCUUCAGAUUCCGGUUGUUGCAAUUGUGGAUCCUAACGUGCCGUUGGAGUUCUUUGAGAAGAUUACGUAUCCUGUGCCAGCUCGUGACUCGGUCAAGUUUGUGUAUUUGUUCUGCAAUGUGAUCACCAAGUGCUUUGUGGCAGAGCAGAUGAAGUUGGGGAUCAAAGACGGGAGCAAGGAAGAUUUGAUGAAGGAUUUAGCUGCUUGAUUUGGAUAUUUGCAGCAAAAGUAUGAAACUUUAUACUUCUUUUUCAGAGUCUGGAAUAAUUGUUCUUCAGAAUUGUGGUUUCUUCAACUUUGAAAUUCUAAAUGUUGUUACACAUGGAUGAUUUUGUUUCUCUGAUGGAUACUCACCUGUGUAAGAUUGUUCAGUUCUAGGAUUUUACAUUUCGGUAAACCCCUUGUCGUUUCCUUGCGCAACUCAUUGUUGGAAAUGCUUAAGCAUCGUAUUGUUUA